AACAGGCUGUCUGGAGAGAGAAAUAUGGACAGCACGUACAUGUGCGCUUUAUUAUUGUUAUUAAAUGGUUUAUUGCUUCAGUGGUUGCAAAGGGUGGCUGGCAAUGGUUACGGCUACGGUUAUUGGCCCCCAGCAAUGUGUCCGCCACCCCCUCCUCCCCCAGUAAUGUGUCCACCGCCCCCACCAGUGACACGGCUGAGGAGAGCUGGCAAAGUGCUUCGAAAAUUCAGAGUUGGGAUCGAAGACCCAAGUGGAUAUACGAGUAACUGGAAGGGUAGGGAGAUUUGUAAGUACAAGGGGGUGCGAUGUGGCACAUAUCCAAAGGCAAAGGAGAGAGCAGUUGCGGGAAUAGACCUGAAUGGAGCUGGGCUGUCUGGGAAAAACGGUACAGCGCUGAGGCUCUCGGGCAUCUUGGGUGCCAUACCAGAGCUCACAUUCUUCCACGUCAACUCCAACGGCUUCACCGGUGCCAUCCCAACUGACAUCACCAAGUACAAGUAUUUCUUCGAGUUAGACCUUAGUAACAACAAGCUGGAAGGUGAGUUUCCCAAGGAAGUGGUGGAGUCCAAGCAGCUGGUGUUCCUUGACCUCAGGUUCAACCAUCUCUGCGGCCCAAUCCCAGCACAAGUCUUUCAGCUUCCUUUCCUGGAUGUCCUAUUCAUCAACAACAAUAAAUUCAAUGGCAUUCUCCCCGAUAACUUUGGGUCCACACCAGCCAGGUACCUCACUUUUGCCAACAACCAACUCACGGGUCCAAUCCCCUCAAGCAUUGGCCAAGCUUCCAAAACCCUCACCGAAGUGCUCUUCUUGGGCAACCACUUUGAGGGCUGCUUGCCCUAUCAAAUCGGGUACCUCAAGAAGGCCACCGUCUUCGACGUGAGCAUAAACUUGUUAACGGGUCCCAUCCCUCACUCCUUUGGGUGCUUGGAAAGCAUCCGGUACCUUAACCUGGAGCAGAACCAGUUUUACGGAGAAGUUCCCGAGAUGGUGUGUCAGCUUCCGGGCCUCCGCAACAAAGGCAACUUCUCCUUAUCCUACAACUAUUUCACCCAGGUUGGUCCUGCAUGCAGGACCCUCAUCAAGAACAAUGUUCUUGACGUCAGCUACAACUGCAUCCUCGGCCUUCCAAAUCAAAGGCCUCACGGAGAAUGCACUCAUUUUUUCUCCCAGCUCAAGCCCUGCCCAAAUCCCAAGUAUCUCCAUUACGUCCCUUGUAAAGGAUACUACCCGCAGAUCUACACCACCACCCCCUCUCCUCCGCCUCCAAUCACUUACAACUCUCUCAUUCCCCAUCGCUAGCUACCCCAUCCCACCUACGUACUACAACUGCAUCAUGUGGAUGGAUCAACUGUACUAUAUAUAAUAUAUACAUAUAAAUUAUUCUACCUACGUCAUAUUUACGGAUUAAUUGUACUAUAUGCAUGUUAUUAUUAUUACGUCUAUUUAUCUGCACGUGUUUUCUCAUGUAUUAAUGAAUAAGCAGUUUGUUUGUUUAAUUUGUACUGGAAAUGGAUGUAAUUUUCAAACUAAUUAAAGUGGAAUAAUUUGGUUCUCGCUGCA